AGAGAAUGCAUUGAUUGCUCUCUCUGGGGCUUGUCAAUUUUGUCAACAAUUGAGUCAACUUGAACUUGACAAGUGACAAGUGUCACUGACAACUCAAAGUUUUGUUCUUUCGCGUAAUUUGCGGUGCACCCCGUGCACCCAAAAAAUCUCAAAUCUCUGCUGACCCAAGUCCCAGGAACUCCUAGUGAUGUACUCUACCAAAACUCCCAAGUAUCGUAUCGACGAGUCUGACCUUAAGUGCAAGAAUGGCUGUGAUUAUUAUGGGAACGUGGCCUGGCAGGGCUACUGCAGCGUUUGCCAUAGGUUACAACAGCAAGCCACCCAGGAAGAAAAAGAACGUGUGCUUCUGCAAGUUCGCGAAAGUGAAACUGUCAGUACUCACACAGAAAAUCAACAUCGACAGCAGCAUGAUAAGAACAAAUCAUCCAAGUUGACUGCUUUCUCGAGACUCCGUAAACUACCAACAAAUAAAAGCCAAGAUCCAAGGCAGUUGCUAAAAGAGUUGUAUAGCAGUAACGCAUCUGAUCUACAGAAAAUUGAGGAGGAUAAUCGAGAUUUGAUUACUAUGCUCCAUAAGACUCUUGUUGCCAAAGAUGUAUCUAAAAAAAUCAAUCAAUUUGUUAAUGAGAUUUUAGAGUACAAAGAUAGCAAAAGAAUUGACAAACUGGCUGAUGUCACCCAAAACUUUUAUCAGAGCUUUUCCAAAAGAAUGAAUGAAAGUUCCAUCUAUGAAGAUAUAUCCUCAGAAAUCAAAGACAGGCUGCUUGAUUAUGUUGAAAGGUAUACAAUUACUCUACUGUACAGGAUUUUAUUUUGUCCGCCAUAUACCCACGAUGAAGAAAAAGAUUUAGAUAUUCAAAAACGGAUAAGACAGUUGAAUUGGGUGAGUGGUAAAAAUUUGGAGUGUAAAAUACAAGAAACCAGCGUAGAAGUAAGAGAACUCGUUUAUACAUCAAUGAUGGAUCUGUUAAAUAUGGACGCUGCUAAAGCCCCACAGGAAAAACUUGCUUGUAUAGUUCAUUGUUGCAGUAACAUAUUUUUGUUGCUUCAGCAGUCUGUCGGUGGUCCUGCAUCCGCGGAUGAGUUUUUACCAGCUCUGAUAUUUAUAGUCCUUAAGUCCAAUCCUGCAAGACUGAAGAGCAAUAUUAAUUUUAUCACAAGGUUUUGUAACGCAAGUCGACUCAUGACAGGAGAAGGUGGCUACUAUUUUACAAAUUUGUGUUGUGCUGUUUCGUUUAUUGAAAGUUUAACAGCAGAGUCAUUAAACAUGACCAAAAAUGACUUUAAUGCUUAUAUGUCAGGAGAAAGAGUACCAGCCAAUACUUGGGAAUCGGCUUUGAUGAUUUGCGAAAAUUUACAUUUUGUGUCGGAAAGUUUGUCAACUUUACAAGAGCUCAAAACUAAAAAUGAAAGUGUACUACAAAAAGCUAACGAGAUGAAACAAGAUAUGAUAGAGUUUCGUAAAAACGUAGAACUUAGUGUCAAAGCUGCAAUUGAAAAAUCACCUCUGAUUAUUACUAAAAAUCAAAUAGUUACUACUAAUGUGAACUGUUUAAAUGACGAGUGCUCUGAAUUUCCAUCUCCAUUAAUACCACAGAUUGUCACGCAAUCACCAGAUAACAAAACAACUGACAACUCUUCAGCUUACAAACAUUUAACUACAGUCCAAGCAAAAGAUUAUUCAACACCAUCACCUACCUUUGAUUUUCAACUGUUUGGCAGUAAUUACUGUAUUAAGCCGGGAAAAAGAGGCACGCAAGGACAAGGCGACGAUGCUAGUCUAAUUAGUUCGGACUCUUGCAGCGAUAACGCAAGCAAUGAUUUUCGAAUACCUGAAAAAAGUACACCUACUAGUUUAUUAGAUGAUUUGCAAUGCAACAGCGAUGAUUUGCCAUCACCGCUCAAACCAACCACUUCUUUACAAGAUGAUUAUCAUGGUUUCUCCAUUCAAGGCUCCAAUAUUCCUACUAUUCCUUGUAGUACAGGAAAUUUAUCUUACGAUUCUAAUACUCCAAAAAAAGAUUCGAAUCAAUUUACGGGGUAUCAUCAAAAGUAACAAUAUUUUAGUGAUAACAUACUUAACUUUACAAUAACGAGUAUAUACUUAGUAUCUGGUGUCGCAUGUCCAUCUCGGGGUAAUCACAAAUACCUUUACGUUGGCCUCUGUAGACAUUGCGACACGAGGUACAAAGUGUAUUAUUGAUCGCAUCUUGUAUUAUAUGUACAUGGAAUAAUAUUAAUACCAAAAAGUGAGAAAUAUUUAUUUAAAUAUUGUAA